GAGGAAGAUGCCAAAUGCCAUUUGCUACAAUAUUGGCGAUGGAAUUGGGACGAAGGCUGGCUGCGACUCGCUUGUGAAGUGACCGUCAUCGUGCUGGUCAUCUUUCAGAUUCUUCUCGACGUCCGUGAUAUCCGACGAAUCGGCAGAGCCAAAUGGUUUUCUGUACUGCCAAACUCCUCUACAAAGUGUCCGUUCAUAUUGGUUCUGUGCGAAAUUCCUAUUCGAUUUUCUUGCCACCUUCAUGACGCGUUUCUGGCCGCCGACAACUUCAUCGCUGCUAUCGCCGUUGUUCUCACGACGCUUCACUACCUUUACUACUGGCUAUACGAAAAAUUCGAAAUUACGUGGCGUGGAUUCACUGAG